CUUCCAUAGUAGUAAUAAUUCGUUCUUUCUUCUCUCUCUGUUUUCAGUGCGAAUUUAAAUUUUCUUUCACAAUACUCCAAUUCUUUGUUCUCUCUGUAUUUUCACAGCAGAGUCAAUACUCAUUGAGAGAAUAGUUGCAGAUCAUUGAAGGGUUGUUGGUUUCUUGCGAUUCUUGUCUCCUUCUUGUUUUAAUUCCUUUAUUCAUAAUAGCAAAUCAAAGACCGUCAUGUCGAUGGUAUCACGGCUUCCCAGUGUUCGAUUUUACCCUACUGAUGCAGAGUUGAUCUACCUUCUGAAAAAGUUCUUGAAAGGCGAGUCUUUGCCCAGUGAAUGCCCUAUUCGACUUGGGGAAAUCUAUGGAGACCGGCCACCAUGGGAGAUUUCUGAUCAUCCUGAAGAGAAAAUUGGCUACUUUAUUUCUCCCUUGAAGAAGCGGAAGGAAUCACAUAAAAGGUUUCGUCGAACUUGCGCCAACGGGACAUGGAAAGCCCAAACCGGCGGUGAUCCUAUCAAGAAUGGUAAGGGCACUGUGGUUGGAUUCAGAAAAAGUUAUGUUUAUCGAACUAGGAGUAGUAAAGAAUCAAAGCAAGAUAAGAUUAAUUGGCUGAUGAGAGAAUAUUACGUGGGGGAUGAUUACUUCAGAGAAAACAAUAUUCCUAAACAAGAUUUUGUUCUCUGCCGAAUCAAGAAGAAUAUAACAGAGAGAAAUAGGAAGAAUGGGGUUAAUAUGGAGGAACAAGAAGUUGCUCAAGUAAUAGAAGGUAUGUUGCGUGAACCUGACUACAACAGUUCACAAUCAGCAACAAUUUUCCAACGACAUCAGAUUAUGAGCGCAGAGUAUGCUGAACAACAGGAUAAUUAUUUGAGAGGACUUAACAAAAAUAGCCAAAUUUUGACCACUUAUGACAGAGAUGAAGCUACAUUGGAGAAUCAUGGGGCCAACACCAACAGAGUGUACGUGAUGACAAAAGAAGCAUAUGGUCAAUUAUCCUUGCCUGGUAUUCAGGAGCAAUAUUGUGCUGAAGCUGAUCUUAACACAGAUAACAGUGACUUCUCAGAUCUUAACGCAGAUAAUAGUGACUUCUUGGAACUAACACUAAUGAGUGGAAUAGAAGACAUUGUUCCAGAUGAUUGGUGGCACCAAUUCUACUAGAUAGGCAUGUACAAAGUUAACGUCUUGGAAAUUUUUUGCCCAACUGAAUGUUAUGUAGUAGUAAACAAGAUGCAUCAUACUGCAAUAGUGCAAUUAUUAUUUUUUGGUAUUGAAAUUGUUCUUUAAUGUCACUUGUGUACCUUUUU